AUGACAAAAAGUUUGAGAACAGUCCAGAUAUCCUUAAAUGUGGAUCUUCCUAUACUCAAUCCCAUGUACCCCAAUGCCUCCGAGUACGACGACGCCUGUUUUGUGACUGAAACCAUCAAUACUGGUGUCAGUAGCAGUGAUACCAUUGUAGAAAUUGACACUCGUAGCAACCGCGAUUUGAUCACAACAACAGAAUCACGGUUCCCUCUAAUCGGCUUGAUGUAUAGAACCAGCACAUACAACGAUGUCACUGCGAAGGAGCACCAGAAUGUCGAUGUUUUUGGAUCCAUCUGCUGUUUCGAUUUGGAUAUAUUUAUUUUUUGGUGGCAGGUGUAA